AAAUUCCAUCCCAGGAAAUUACAGAGAAACGUGCGGCCGACAUCCAGAAAACAGGCCUUCCUCUGGAAAUGCUGCUUUCUGUCAAGCCGACUAUCAAAACAUAUUAAAUAUGAAGAUUUGAUAGAAAAACGUAUAUAUAAGCCAACAGUAACCCGUAAGAUGAUUCUCUACAAUGCCUACCCCAGGAGGAAUUAUUCCACAAAUAAGGGCCCAGCGUGACAUUUAUGAGAAAGCCAGGGUCCUCCUGUGCAAAAUUGAUUGGUUCUCAGCCAACGGGCUCCCGGGCGUUGCAAACAAAGGCACCUUCUCCACUGGGACCUAUCAGAUGCAGGGCAGAGUAUUGCCUCUGCCUUUGGAACUUCAGGAAAUGCUCAACUCCUAUCUGGGCAGCACACAUCUGUGGCCAGCAAAGAGGAACCUGGCUUUGAAAAUGAAACAACUUCCUCCUCAAUUCGUUUCCAUCUUGGCCAUCUAUUGCUUCUGCAUGCUACAGAUUCCCUCCUCAGGAUUUCCUCGACCUCUAGCUGAUCUCCCAGAUGACUUGGAUAUCAUGCAGCUUGAGUGGCUGGCAUAUGGGGCAACUCUUUCUUGGCAAACUAAGGAUAAUCAAGACAUAUACAAAAGGGAUUCAAGGACUGAUGCAGGAGAUUUCACCAAGAAGGAUCACACUGCCACCUUGGGACGACCAUUUUUCCUUUUCAGGCCAAGGAAUGGAAGAAACACUGAAGCCAACACCCAGUAGGAUAGUCCAAGAAUUCAGUGGCAAAGAGAAACUGGAUCAGAUAAGGAAAUCGAGCAAUUAUUUUGAACAAAUGUCAAAUUUCUUUCCGUGAACAAUACUUAAAGAUAAUUCCCUUGCUCUGUAUUCUCCAGAAUAUUCAGUUGUGUAAAAAAUAAAGUAGCAUAGGCAUA